GAGCAGCAGUGUACAUCCAAGAGAUGCUCCCUGAGUGAUAAGGUUAGGUAAAAUCCGAUGCAACCAUCACGUGGACCACCACCCAAUAUUUUUUCCUUUUCCCGAGAUUCUAAUUAAAGAAUUCGUUAUUCGACUUUUUCUUUCGGCAAUGGCUUCCGAUUAGAAGAUCAAAUCUUAAUUAAAUGUUUAACGUUGAAUUCUGCAAAGAAAUCUGAAUGAGAAAAUGUGCCCAUUGAGGCUGAUUCUUAUUUUUCUCUCUGCUACAGUCGCCGGAUUCUUUCUAGUAAGAAACCUGAAAUCAAGCCCCAAUGAUUCCGAUGAUCCUCAAUCCGAUUCUUCUACUGACGACUCCAAGGUCCUCUUCUCUAUUGUUCGAUCGGCGAUAAAAUCGGGAUUCUGGACAACCGUCGACAUGGCCAGUGGACGAUACUUGUGGAGGCAUUUGGUCUCUUCCUCUUCUUCUUCUUCUUCUAAGCGUUCCAAUUGAUGCCUUUUCAAUUGUCCAUUUUCUUGUUCUCUUGUUGCUGUUGUUCUUGUUCGUUGGUUAUGAUGGGAUUUUCUAGUUAUUUUAGUGUUAAAAACUCAUUUUCAGUAGAAUUUGAUGAUAUAAUUGUGUGUUUGUGCUCAGAUUGCAUUAUUGGAAUUAGACAAAAUUACACAUUUGCCUGUACAUUUCCAUCUGGUUUUCUUUGUCCUGGUGCUGUGGUCAUGUUUAGUGUUUAUUAAUGAUCUACAUCUCCAUCUGUUUUUCUC